UCCAGGCCUCAUGGAACUCGGACAUGCAUUUUGGCUAGAAAUACAUAGUUCGCAUGUCCCCUAUGCUAGUCGUAGUCGCCUUUAAAGUGGCCGUAAUAAAAUAAAGAAGAAGAAAAAGGACCAUACCUAAAAGAACUGUCAACUACAAUUCCAGAUAAUUUGAGAGAAAAUAUUGUAUAUUUUUAAAAUACGAAAUGUCAGAUUAUUACAAGAGUCUUAUUUCAGACGAAGAGGUAAUUGCAGCGUUAAUAAAAGAAAGUCGAAGAAGGGAGGGAUUCUUGUCCACUGAGAAUACUAGAUUAAAGCCAAAUUUAAAUUUUUUUCAGAGAACUGUUACCAAUCUGGUAUCUUCAAAUACGCGAAUUAAUAAAACACAAGAUUCCUUGAAAUUGCGGCUGCAGAGUGAUAAGAAAAAUUUAAAGAAGAGCUUUGUUGAAUCAGAUAAGCGGGAAAUCGAUCACGUAUUUGAAAGAGUGGAGUUCUUAAAGCGGAAAAUACAUUUUGUUCAAUCAUCUGAAGAUAUUAGUGCUCGGGCCAAUGUUGUGACAGAAGUUUCUUUAAAUAAAAGUACACAAUGUUCUGUACAUGAAAGACUAAAACAGAGUGAUAAGCAAGACAAUAUUAGCGACUGCUUUAAGAAAAGUUUUAGCAGUGCCAAAAGCAUUCCUAAACCCACAAAUAAUUUAUUUGAUGGUGAUGUAAUUUAUAUUUCGAGUGAAGAUAGCUCUGUGGAGGUUGUCCCAACCACUGUAGAUAGAAAAUCAAAAAGGAAAAAGAGAUGUAAACUUAAGCAGCAUAAAAAAGACUAAUUUAGGUGAGCGAAACUGAUAUAUAUGUAUUGAAACAUUUUUG